AUGAAGUGUGCAGAAAGAUCCAGAACCAGACCUGGACUGCAGACAGACAGUCAGACCAGCACUGCACAAACAGAAAGUGGUCUGCAGGAGGUUUUAGAUGAACAUCAGAUCAGUCUGAGCAACACAUGUGAAUGUGUGACUCAAGGAACUGAUGAAGCAGGAAGUAAAAUCCUCCCCAACAACAUCUACACUAAGGUCUACAUCACAAAGGGACAGAGUGAAGAGGUUAAUACCCAACAUGAGGUGAGGCAGCUUGAAACAGCUUCCAAGAUGAAGACCCUCCAUGACACUCCAAUCAAGUGUCAGGACAUCUUUAAAGUCUUACCUGACCAACAGAAACACAUCAGAGUGGUUCUGAUGAACGGCGUCGCUGGCGUUGGAAAAACCUUCUCAGUACUGAAGUUCACUCUGGACUGGGCACAGCGCUCCAACAACCAAGAUAUCAGUCUGCUGAUUCUGUUCUCAUUCAGGGCUCUGAACUUGAUCAAAGAUGAGCAGUACAGUCUGCUCAAGCUGAUCCAUGUUUUCUAUCCAACAUUACAGAAGCUCACAGCAGAGAAGCUCGCUGUCUGUAAAGUUCUGUUCAUCUUUGACGGCCUGGAUGAAAGCAGACUUUCUCUGGAUUUCAACAACAGUGAGGUCGUGUCUGAUGUCACACAGAGGUCAUCAGUCAGCGUGCUGUUGACAAACCUCAUCAAGGGGAAGCUGCUUCCAUCGGCUCUCAUCUGUAUAACUUCCCGACCUGCAGCAGCCAAUCAGAUCCCUCCUUCAUGUGUUAGCAGGGUAACAGAAGUACGAGGCUUCACUGAUGACCAGAAGGAGGAGUACUUCAGGAGGAGAUUCAGUGAUGAAGAGCAGUCCAGCACAAUCAUCUCACACAUCAAGACAUCCAGGAGCCUCCACAUCAUGUGUCACAUCCCAGUCUUCUGCUGGAUCAUUGCUACAGUUCUGGACCACAUGUUGACUCCAGACCAGAGAGGAGAGCUGCCCAAGACCCUGACUGACCUGUACUCACACUUCCUGCUGGUUCAGACAAAGAGGAAGAAGAACAAGUAUGAUGAAGGACAUGAGACGAGUCCACAGGAGCUGACGGAGGCUGACAGGAACCUUCUUCUGAAGCUGGGGAGGGUGGCGUUUGAACAACUGAAGAAAGGAAACAUCAUGUUCUACCAAGAAGACCUGGAGCAGUGUGGUCUUAAUGUCACAGAGGCCUCAGUGUUAUCAGGAGUCUGUUCAGGGAUCCUCAAAAGAGAGAAUGUGAUCUUCCAGAAAUCCGUCUACAGCUUUGUUCAUCUGAGCGUUCAGGAGUUUCUGGCUGCAGUCUACAUGUACCACUGUUACACCAGCAGCAACACAGAGGUACUGAUGGACUUCCUGGGAGAAGACAACAGUUACUCAUCUCUGGAUGACUUCCUGAAAGGAGUCAUGGAGAAAUCUCUCAGAAGUGAAAAUGGCCACCUGGACCUGUUUGUCCGCUUCCUUCAUGGCCUCUCUCUGGAGUCCAACCAGAGUCUCUUAGGAGGCCUGCUAGGUCAGACAGACAACAGUCCAAAAACCAUCCAGAGAGUCAUCAACAACCUGAAGGAGAUGAACAGUGAGGAUAUCUCUCCUGACAGAAGCAUCAACAUCUUCCACUGUCUGAUGGAGAUGAACGACCGCUCAGUACAUCAGGAGAUCCAAGAGUUCCUGAAGUCAGAGAACAGAUCAGAGAAGGAACUCUCUGAUAUCCACUGCUCAGCUCUGGCCUACAUGCUGCAGAUGUCAGAGGAGGUUCUGGAUGAGUUGGACCUCAACAAGUACAACACAUCAGAGGAGGGACGACUAAGACUGAUCCCAGCUGUGAGGAACUGCAGAAAGGCUGUGUAA